AUGAAGCUCUCAAUCCUGUCCCUGGCGUCCCUUGCGCCCCUGGUUUCCGCUCACUUCAAGCUGAACUACCCGACUAGCCGUGGAUUCGAUGAGGACAAGAUGAGUCAAUUUCCCUGCAGUGGACUAUCCCAAUCUUCGGAACGGACGAAAGUCUCUCUUUCUGCCGGUGACUUGCCCGUUGCCUUGACAAUGGGCCAUGCCCAGACAGCCGUGGAAGUACUUCUCGCUCUCGGAAACGACCCUGGUACCAAUUUCAAUAUUACUCUUCACCCGACCUUCCGAGUGGAGGGCCUGGGCUCAUUCUGCCUCCCCAAUGUCACUUUCGAUGAGUCCGUCGUCGGCGUAAAGUUGACGGCUGGAAUGAACGCAACCCUGCAGGUGCAGAGCAACGGUGACCCGAGCGGUGGUCUCUACGCGUGUGCUGAUAUCCAGUUCACGGAGACGGACUAUUCCGCACCUUCCUCUUGCUCGAACAACACUGGGGUUAAGGCGACUUCAUUCACUGGGGACGCCGCAAAGCGCAAUGCGAACGAGUCCACUGCUGACGGCCAGGCGCAGAGCGGCUCGUCUUCCUCUUCUUCUACCAGUUCCUCUACCGGUAGUGCUACAUCUACUGCUGGCUUCCAUGUUUUCGUGGCUACCCAUCUCCCAUUGAAAGCCAUGGACCAAUUCCCAAAGCUUCGACCGGUCACUGACGCCCAGCAGGUCGGUCGCAUGGAGCUAUGCUCCACCGCACGCCAUCAUCUAAGAUUCUAUUACAAUGUAGCUGUAGCAGCAACUUAUACACUGCCGGGAACAUUUACCCUCCCGCUCAAAGACUAUGUCUACAAAGCAUGCGAGGUGCUCAUUGCGCAGCACCCAAUCCUCUCGGCCGUCCCAAUCGGCGAGGAGACCAAGGAGCCUUACUUCGUGCGUCUCCCGAACGUUGAUCUGAGCCAAUCGGUCUUUUUCCAGAAGCGUGAGCACGGUUUCCCCGAUGCAGAAGACCGGGACGAAGAGCUGGACGCGCUGCUGAGCACCCAGCAUAAUACCGCUUUCGAACUCCCGUUGCCAUUCUGGCGAAUUUUCGUGUUGACCGAUGAUGCCGAUGAGACCGACAGACGAUUCACCGUUGUCUUUGUCUUCCAUCAUGCUAUUUCUGACGGCUCGUCGGGAAAGGUCUUCCACAGGACUUUCCUGCAAGCGUUGCAAUCCUUGUCAUCGUUGACUGUCAACGAUGUCAAUGAAGUUAUUCCAUCUCCUGAUUCACCGCUGCUGCCACCCGGGGAAGCCGUCCAUCCUAAGCCAGUAUCGUACUCUUACCUGGCUAUUCAACUCUUCAAAGCUAAGAUCUAUGACCCCCGCGAUCCUGGUUUAUGGACCGGAUCGGAGGUCAAGCUCCCACUGGAGACGAAGCUAAAACACGUCGUGUUCCCAAGGCACAUAUCAUCAACAUUCAGAGACUGCUGCCGCGAAAACAAGACAACCAUAACAGCCGCUCUCCAAACAAUCAUCGCUCGCUCCCUCUUCACUCAUCUCCCCGAACCCUCCACAAAGGUCCGGUGCUCCGGCGCGAUGUCUAAUCGUCGCUGGCUUCCCGACCCCAUCACAGAAGAUUCAAUGGGCGUCUGGGUUCAAGAAUACACCGAAGACUACACCCGGAAAGAUCUUGGCGAGGCCUCGUUCCCCUGGUCCGUGACCGUGCAGUCUCGCGCGACAAUCGAAAAGGAACUCAGCAAAGAGGGCAAGGACACCACCGCCAAUCUCCUUAGGUAUGUAAGCGAUUACCAAAACGAGCUCUACCUGUCAAAGGUCGGGCAGCCGAGGUCGUCUACCUACGAGGUGUCAAAUGUCGGGGCUUUUACUUCUAGUACGUCAGCAGAAGGGAUGCCACGGGUUGGGCGCGUCGUUUUCUCGCAGAGUGCGUCUGUCACGGGCAGUGCGUUUGAGGUCUCAGUUGUUUCGGGUGGUGAUGGCUGUUUGGUGUUGAUGUUUACGUGGCAGAAGGGUGUUGUGGAGGAUUUGCUUAUCCUGAAUGUUAUCGAGUCGGUGAGGAAGGAGGUUUACGAUCUUUGUGUGUAA